GGAAUCUGUUAAAUUAAAUAGAAGUCAGCUGACGCCUUGUUGUUUUUUCCAGCAAUAAUAACGAUGGCACCAAGGAAUAACCACGAUCCAACAUCCUCCGGGGAUGCGAGCACCUCAAACGUACAGGAGGAAGAUCUACAAGAAAUGGAGGACGUUAAUCAAAGCUUGGAUGCACUCAGCUGCGCACUAGACGCUGUGGAACAACGAACUGACGACAUAUUGUCACGUAUACGUGAGCUUUUGGACUCCAAUCGUGAGAUUCGUCGUCAGCUAGCUGAGGAAAAAGACAGUGCGUCCAGCGAUGACACUGACACGGACACGGAUGACCAGGAGGGCGACAAUCAAAUGGAGGUGGAGGCUGAACAGUCGCCCAAACCAAGCCCAGAAUGAAGCUGCAGUUUAUUGUUCAAUUUUUUUUUCUUUGUACGUAUAGUAAACUUGUUUCUAUACAAAUUUAUUGUUUUGACAACACAUUAUACGA